GUUCAGAGACCAAGAGAGAGAAAACUCCAGAUCCAAGAAGCACAAGUUGACACAGAAAAGAAUAUUCCGUAGCAUGAAUAAGUUAGUAGCAUCUGGAGUACACGCCUCAGGUCUUUGACUAUAAUGAGUAAUGACCACUGCUUUGGGAUUUGUUAGGAAGAAGGAUUGGAGCACAGGUUCUCCUUGACCUCUUCCAUCCCCUGGAGUAAUCCGGCAGUUUAACCACCUCUUGAAGUUUACGCAUUUGUGCAGAAGCUGAUUGAAGAUACACAUCCGCUUGAUUGACGUCAUGGCUCGCGAGCUCAAGGUUCUGAAUGCGCUCGAUGCCGCCAAGACGCAAUGGUACCACUUCACGACGAUUGUGAUCGCCGGCAUGGGCUUCUUCACCGACGCCUAUGACCUCUUCUCCAUCUCCCUCGUCACCAAGCUGCUCGGCCGCAUCUACUACUUCGACCCCAGCUCCAGGACCCCCGGCACCCUGCCGCCCAACGUGUCGGCGGCCGUCAACGGCGUCGCCUUCUGCGGGACGCUGGCAGGGCAGCUCUUCUUCGGCUGGCUCGGCGACAAGAUGGGGCGCAAGAAGGUGUACGGAAUGACGCUGAUGCUCAUGGUCAUCUGCUGCAUCGCCUCUGGACUAUCGUUCGGGUCCAGGCCCACGGGCGUCAUGGCCACGCUCUGCUUCUUCCGCUUCUGGCUCGGCUUCGGCAUCGGCGGCGACUACCCGCUGUCCGCGACCAUCAUGUCCGAGUAUGCCAACAAGCGGACGCGCGGUGCGUUCAUCGCGGCGGUCUUCGCCAUGCAGGGAUUCGGCAACCUCACUGGCGGCAUCGUCGCCAUCAUCAUCUCGGCGGCGUUCAAGGCUCGGUUCGACGCGCCGGCCUACAAGGACGACCCUGCCGGCUCCACUGUUCCGCAGGCCGACUACGCGUGGCGCAUCGUUCUCAUGUUCGGCGCCAUCCCGGCGCUGCUCACCUACUACUGGCGCAUGAAGAUGCCCGAGACGGCGCGCUACACCGCACUGGUCGCCAAGAACGCCAAGCAGGCGGCGUCGGACAUGACGCAGGUGCUCAACGUCGAGAUCGUCGAGGAGCCGGAGCAGGCGGAGGAGCUGGCGCGGCGCGAGCAGUUCGGGCUCUUCUCCCGGCAGUUCGCCAAGCGCCACGGCCUCCACUUGCUUGGCACGACGGUGUGCUGGUUCCUGCUGGACAUCGCCUUCUACUCGCAGAACCUGUUCCAGAAGGACAUCUACACGGCCGUGAACUGGCUGCCCAAGGCGGACACCAUGAACGCCCUCGAGGAGAUGUUCAGGAUCUCCCGUGCGCAGACGCUCGUCGCCCUGUGCGGCACAAUUCCAGGCUACUGGUUCACCGUCUUCUUCAUCGACAUCAUCGGCCGCUUUGUCAUCCAGCUCGGUGGCUUCUUCUUCAUGACGGCGUUCAUGCUCGGCCUCGCCAUCCCGUACCACCACUGGACGACGCCCGGGCACCACAUCGGCUUCAUCGUCAUGUACGCCUUCACCUUCUUCUUCGCCAACUUCGGGCCCAACUCCACCACCUUCAUUGUGCCGGCAGAGAUCUUCCCGGCGCGGCUGCGGUCGACGUGUCAUGGCAUUUCCGCUGCGGCUGGUAAGGCGGGCGCCAUCAUCGGGUCGUUCGGAUUCUUGUACGGCGCUCAGAGCACGGACCCAAAGAAGACGGACGCCGGGUACCCGCCGGGCAUCGGAGUCCGGAACUCGCUGUUUGUCCUUGCCGGGUGCAAUGUCGUCGGUUUCUUUUUCACGUUCCUUGUGCCGGAGUCGAAGGGGAAGUCGCUGGAAGAGCUCUCCGGCGAGAACGAGGAUGACGAGGCGGAAACAUCAUCCGCCACGGCCGAGUACAGGGCUGCGCCGGCGCCGCCGGCUUGAUGGAAUAAAAUAAACGUGGCAAUCGUGUGUGUGUUGGCGAAUUGGACCAAAUGCUUGAUAUUGUUCUAUAUAUGAUAUUGAUAUCGUUGUGUGCACAGUCGGUGUACCAGUCUGCGUGCUGUCUGUUAAAUAAACUUGGUUUCGAUGGGCGCAGUUCA